CUCGUGCACAUUUUUAAACGGACAUUUUAGUUCAUCUGCUGUUCCUACUUUCUAGUGCAAAUAAUUUUCAGUCGAGUGGCCAGCAAAUCUUUCCAAGUGAUAAUUUUUGAGUCAACUGUAGAGCGAAAUAAUCUUGUUGAAGAAAAUGUAUAAAAAAGGAAGUGCCAUGUCACUGAGACGCUGUGAGUUCCAGGCAGAAAGACCAAAGUUGCGAAGCAUGUUCGACAUUCAGACAGCCGAAUUCAAAACCUACAUGCUCACCAAACCUUGCGAGCACCGAACUGUCUUGGAGCAAAUGAGGGAGCAAAAAUUUCUUGAGGAGGCAUCAGUCAGGGCAGUCUCCGAACCCUCGCCUUUCGUCGAAUGGUGCCCCCCUUCACCAAGCAAUUUCAACCUGCCCACCAACUAUGACGUGAACGAAUCCUCCUACGAAGCUCUGGGUUGUAUCAUCAAGGGAAAGAAGAAAACGAUGCUGAACCUGGAGAGGUCUCUGGAAAACAACCUCGGAAGAGCAACUAAAAUCUGCUUCGACGAGGCAGAGGAAAACGAGGAGGAAGUUGGAAAGGGGAGUGGUGGUGGAGUUGUAGCGGAAGUGGAUGGGAGCACUGAUGUCGUGCAAAGUGUUGAAGAGAUGGAACGAAACUUGAUUCAAUCUUUAGAAAACAAAAAAGUUCAACCCGGCCAGUCCAAGAUUUUAAUGACGGAAGAAAUUAUAGCGGACGAGGCCUGGAGGCGACAGAGGUGGCCAAUGCAGCCCCUCUACCACUCCACCCCAUGCCACAAAUUGGACCACCUCCCUCCACUUCAGGACAACUUUAUCAGGAACAUCCCAGCAAUCCUGAACAAACCCCCAAUGCGCUCCCAGUGGAAUAACAAGAACAUUGCAAGAAGGAUGUUGUGAGGUGGAUGACACACCAUCAGUUGUUCUACCACAUUAUUAACUCACACAUAAUUCGUUCAUAUUUAUCUAUUACUUUUACUUAGUGAUCAAACUUUAUCUACUUGGUUUUAAUGUAAGGUUCAAUUAACUUUUAUUUAUUUUUUAAUUUUUAUUCCUUAUUUUUAUUUACAGUAGUUUAAACAGUGGAAAAAUAAAUUUUGUUCAUUCAU